GCACUGAUGUUCACUGGGGUUUGUUCUCCAGGACAUGAAGAAGUUUGAAGGAGAGCUGAGAAACUUGCAGGUAGCUUUGGAACAAGCCCAAACAAUUCUGACUUCUCCAGAAGUGGGGCGCCUUAGUCUCAAGGAGCAGCUGUCCCAUCGGCAGCAUCUGCUGUCUGAGAUGGAGUCACUGAAGCCAAAGGUUCAAGCCGUACAACUCUGCCAGAGUGCUCUCCGGAUCCCUGAGGAUGUGGUCACCGGCUUGCCUCUGUGCCACGCUGCCCUGCGGCUGCAAGAGGAAGCCAGUCAGCUGCAGCACACGGCCAUCCAGCAAUACAACAUCAUGCAGGAGGCCGUGGUGCAGUACGAACAGUACGGACAAGAAAUGAAGCAUCUCCAGCAGCUGAUAGAAGCAGCUCACAGAGAGAUCGAGGACAAACCCGUGGCCACCGGUAACAUCCAGGAGCUGCAGGCGCAGAUCUCUCGGCAUGAGGAGCUGGCGCAGAAAAUCAAGGGCUACCAGGAGCAGAUCGCCUCUUUGAAUUCCAAAUGCAAGAUGCUGACGAUGAAAGCCAAGCACGCUACUAUGCUGCUGACCGUGACCGAGGUCGAGGGACUGGCGGAAGGGACCGAGGAUGUGGACCCCGAGCUCCUCCCCACGCCUUCUGCCCACCCCUCCGUGGUCAUGAUGACUGCAGGGCGCUGUCACACUCUGUUGUCUCCUGUCACUGAGGAGUCUGGGGAGGAGGGAACCAACAGUGAGAUUUCCUCUCCACCUGCCUGUCGCUCCCCAUCACCUGUGGCUAACACUGAGGCAUCCGUUAACCAGGACAUUGCGUACUACCAAGCUCUGUCCGCCGAGGGGCUGCAGACAGAUGCUGCGAGAAUCCCCCCCAGUGCUGCGGCAUCCCAGGAGUUGUAUGAGCCUGGGCUGGAGCCUUCAGCGACUGCCAAACUGGGCGACCUCCAGCGCUCCUGGGAAACCUUAAAAAACGUGAUCAGUGAAAAACAGCGGACUCUCUACGAAGCUUUGGAACGCCAGCAGAAGUACCAGGACGCCCUCCAGUCCGUCUCGACCAAGAUGGAGGCCAUGGAGAUGAAGCUGAGCGAGAGCCUCCAGCCCGGCCGGAGUCCAGAAAGCCAGAUGGCUGAGCACCAGGCCCUGAUGGACGAGGUGCAGAUGCUGCAAGACGAGAUCAAUGGGCUCCAGGCGUCUCUUGCAGAGGAGCUGGCGGCCGAGUCUCAGGAGUCGGACCCAGCGGAGCAGCUAGCCCUGCAGUCCACGCUCACCGUCCUGGCUGAGCGAAUGUCCACCAUCAGGAUGAAAGCGGCUGGCAAGCGGCAGCUUCUGGAGGAGAAGCUAAAUGAUCAGCUGGAGGAGCAGAGACAGGAGCAGGCUCUGCAGAGGUACCGCUGCGAGGCAGAGGAGCUGGACCACUGGCUGUUGAACACAAAGGCCACCCUGGACUUUGCAGCGGGUACAUCCCAGGAGCCUAUGGACAUGGAUGCCCAGCUGGUGGACUGCCAGAACAUGCUCGUGGAAAUAGAACAGAAAGUGGUGGCCCUGUCGCAGCUGUCGGUGCGCAGUGAGAACCUGCUGCUGGAGGGCAAGGCUCACACGAAAGACGAGGCAGAGCAGCUAGCCUCGAAGCUGAGGAUGCUCAAAGGGAGCCUCAUGGAGCUGCAGAGGGCCCUGCGUGACAGACAGCUCAACAUGCAGCAGGGAGUCACACAAGAGAAAGAAGAGAAUGAUGUUGACUUCACGGCGACUCAGAGUCCCGGAGUACAGGAAUGGCUGGCUCAAGCCCGCACCACUCGGACCCACCAGCGGCAGAGCAGCCUCCAGCAGCAAAAGGAGUUCGAACAGGAGCUGGCUGAGCAGAAGAGCCUCCUCCGCUCAGUAGCUAGCCGUGGAGAGGAGAUUCUAAUCCAGCAUUCCACCGCAGAAGGCUCAGGUGGCCUUGGUGAAAAACCUGAUGUGUUAUCCCAGGAGUUGGGGAUGGAAGGGGCAAAAUCAUUUGCUGAAGACCAGAUGAGAGCGAAGUGGGAAAGUCUACACCAAGAGUUUAGUACCAAGCAGAAGCUUCUACAGAAUAUUCUGGAACAGGAACAAGAACAAAUGCUUUAUAGCAGUCCGAACAGACUCCUGUCAGGAGUGCUACCAUUGAGAGGGGAAGCGCAGACUCAAGAUAAGUCUUCAGUGACGUCCUUGCUGGAUGGACUGAGCCAGGCCUUCGGAGAGGUGUCAUCACAGAGUGGAGGAACAGACAGACAGAACAUUCACUUGGAGCAGAAGUUAUAUGACGGAGUCUCAGCCACUUCAACCUGGUUGGAUGACGUUGAGGAGCAUUUAUUUGUGGCCACAGCACUUUUGCCGGAACAAACAGAAGUUUGUCUCUUCAACCAAGAGGCUCUUGCCAAGGACAUUAAGGAAAUGUCUGAAGAAAUGGAUAAGAACAAGAAUUUGUUUUCCCAAGCAUUCCCAGAGGACAGUGACAACCGAGAUGUUAUCGAAGACACUCUGGGUUGUCUUUUGGGCAGAUUAUCCCUGCUGGAUUCAGUAGUGGGUCAGCGAUGUCAUCAGAUGAAGGAAAGACUCCAGCAAGUCCUCAGUUUCCAGAAUGACCUGAAGGUGUUGUUUACAUCGUUAGCCGACAACAAUUAUAUCAUUGUGCAGAAGCUGGCAAACAUGUGCAAACAGCCCAUUGUGGAACAGAUACAGGCCAUACAACAGGCGGAAGAGGGACUGAGGGAGCUCGAUGGUGGAAUCUCUGAGUUGAAACAGCGGGGUGACAAGUUGCAAGUGGAUCAAUCCGCUCUGCAAGAACUCUCCAAGCUCCAGGACAUGUAUGAUGAGCUACUGGUGACCAUCAGCUCCCGGAGGAGCAGCCUCAACCAGAACCUUGCACUCAAGAGUCAGUAUGACAAGGCUCUGCAAGAUCUGGUAGACCUGCUGGACACUGGGCAGGAGAAGAUGGCAGGGGACCAGAAGAUCAUUGUAUCCUCCAAAGAAGAAGUCCAGCAACUGCUCGGCAAGCACAAGGAAUACUUCCAGGGCCUGGAAUCGCAUGUGAUUUUGACUGAAACACUCUUCAGAAAGAUUGUUGACUUUGCAGCUAUGAAGGAAACUCAGCUGCACUCGGACCGUUUGGCUCAAGCUUCUGCUGUGUUGAAGCAGGCUCACAAGAGAGGGGUGGAGCUUGAGUACAUCCUAGAGAUGUGGUCCCAUCUGGAUGAGAAUCUCCAGGAGCUCAGCAGACAGCUGGAGAUGAUAGAAAACAGCAUCCCAAGUGUGGGCCUGGUAGAGGAGAGCGAGGACAGACUUGUGGAAAGGACAAGUCUCUACCAGCAUUUAAAAUCCAGCCUUAACGAAUACCAGCCCAAACUGUAUCAAGUGCUAGAUGACGGGAAGCGGCUUAUGAUGUCUGUCAGCUGUUCAGAACUUGAAAGUCAGCUAAAUCAGCUGGGAGAGCGCUGGCUCGGUAAUACAAACAAAGUAUCCAAGGAACUGCACAGACUGGAGACCAUACUGAAACACUGGACCAGGUAUCAGAGUGAAGCUGCCGAUCUGAUUCACUGGCUAGAGUCUGCAAAGGACAGGCUGGCAUUUUGGACUCAGCAGUCUGUGACGGUCCCACAAGAACUGGAAAUGGUCCGGGAUCAUCUCAAUGCUUUCCUGGAGUUCUCUAAAGAAGUAGAUGCCAAAUCUUCCCUCAAGUCUUCGGUCACAAGCACAGGAAAUCAGCUUCUUCGAUUAAAGAAAGUGGACACAGCUGCCCUGCGUGCUGAGCUGUCCCGCAUGGACAGCCAGUGGACUGACCUACUGGCAGGCAUUCCUGCCGUGCAGGAGAAGCUCCAUCAGCUCCAGAUGGACAAGCUGCCUUCCCGCCAUGCUAUUUCUGAGGUCAUGAGUUGGAUCUCCCUCAUGGAAAGUGUCAUCCUGAAGGAUGAAGAGGACAUAAGAAAUGCCAUCGGUUACAAGGCAAUCUACGAAUACCUGCAGAAAUACAAGGGUUUCAAGAUAGAUCUUAACUGCAAGCAGCUGACGGCGGACUUUGUGAACCAGUCGGUGCUCCAGAUCAGCAGUCAGGAUGUGGAGAGCAAGCGCAGCGACAAGACGGAUUUUGCUGAGCAGCUUGGUGCAAUGAAUAAAAGUUGGCAGCUCUUGCAAGGUCGAGUGGGUGAGAAGAUCCAGAUGUUGGAGGGCUUGUUGGAGUCGUGGUCAGAGUACGAGAACAGCGUACAGUCUCUGAAAGCUUGGUUCGCAAACCAGGAGAGAAAGCUGGAAGAGCAUCAUCAAAUCGGUGACCAGAAUUCUGUUCAGAAUGCUCUGAAGGACUGUCAGGAACUGGAAGAUUUGAUUAAAGCAAAAGAAAAGGAGGUAGAGAAAAUUGAGCAGAAUGGACUCGCAUUGAUUCAGAACAAGAGGGAGGAGGUCUCUUGCAGUGUCCUGAACACACUUUGGGAACUCAGGCAGACCUGGGCCAGCUUAGAGCGCACGGUUGGACAGUUAAAGAUACAGCUGACAUCGGUCCUUGGCCAGUGGAGCAAUCACAAAGCUGCCUUUGAGGAGAUCAACAAUCACCUCAUGGAGGCCAGAUAUUCUCUGUCCCGAUUCCGUCUGCUGACAGGCUCCUCUGAUGCUGUGCAAGUUCAGGUUGACAAUCUUCAGAAUCUUCAUGAUGACCUGGAAAAGCAGGAAGGGGACUUACAGAAAUUUGGCUCUCUCACCAACCAACUACUGAAGGAGUGUCACCCACCUGUGGCAGAAGCCCUGUCCAGUACCCUGCAGGAAGUCAAUAUGAGAUGGAAUAACUUACUGGAAGAGAUUGCCAAACAGCUGCACUCCAGCAAGGCCCUACUUCAGCUCUGGCAGAGAUACAAGGACUACUUGAAGCAGUGCGCCUCUGCAGUCCAGAGACAAGAGGAACAGACCAAUGCACUGUUGAAGACAGCCACGAACAAGGACAUCGCUGACGAUGAAGUCACCAACUGGAUUCAGGAUUGCAAUGACCUUCUCAAGGGACUGGGGACAGUCAAGGACUCGCUUUUCAUCCUCCAUGAGCUAGGAGAGCAGCUUGGACAACAGGUGGAUGAUUCUGCAGCCACCACCAUUCAGUGUGAGCAGCUCUGCUUCAGCCAGCGCCUGGAGGCCCUGGAGCAGGCGCUUUGCAAGCAGCAAGCAGUGUUGCAGGCGGGAGUUGUUGACUAUGAAACAUUUGCCAAGAGCUUAGAAGCCUUAGAGGCCUGGAUCGUGGAAGCCGAGGGCAUCCUCCAAGCGCAGGAUCCCACUCACUCGUCCGACCUCUCCACCAUCCAGGAAAGAAUGGAGGAGCUGAAGGGACAGAUGCUAAAGUUUAGCAGCAUGGCUCCUGAUUUAGACCGUCUCAAUGAGUUGGGGUACCGGUUACCCUUGAAUGACAAGGAGAUCAAAAGGAUGCAAAACCUCAAUCGCCACUGGUCUCUGAUCUCUUCUCAGACCACAGAAAGAUUCAGCAAGCUGCAGUCAUUCUUGCUCCAACACCAGACUUUCUUGGAAAAGUGCGAAACAUGGAUGGAAUUCUUGGUUCAGACGGAGCACAAGUUGGCAGUGGAGAUCUCAGGCAAUUACCAGCAUCUUUUGGAGCAGCAGAGAGCACAUGAGCUUUUUCAAGCCGAGAUGUUCAGCCGCCAGCAGAUCCUACACUCCAUCAUCGUUGAUGGGCAGAAUCUUCUAGAACAAGGUCAAGUUGAUGACAGGGAGGAGUUCAGCCUGAAGUUGACACUCCUCAGUAACCAAUGGCAAGGAGUGAUUCGCAGGGCCCAGCAGAGAAGAGGUAUCAUCGACAGCCAGAUUCGCCAGUGGCAACGCUAUAGAGAAAUGGCAGAGAAGCUCCGUAAAUGGUUGGUUGAGGCGUCUCAUCUGCCCCUGAGUGGUCUUGGAAGCAUCCCAGUACCACUGCAACAAGUGAGGACACUCUUUGAUGAAGUGCAGUUCAAAGAGAAGGUGUUCCUGCGCCAACAAGGGAGCUACAUCCUGACAGUGGAGGCUGGCAAGCAGCUCCUGCUCUCUGCUGACAGUGGCGCCGAGGCGGCCUUGCAGGCUGAGCUCACAGACAUCCAAGAGAAGUGGAAGUCGGCCAGCACGCAUCUGGAGGAGCAGAAAAAGCUGGCAUUUCUGUUGAAAGACUGGGAAAAGUGUGAGAAAGGGAUAGCCGAUUCUCUGGAGAAGCUCCGCACGUUCAAGAAGAGGCUAUCUCAGCCUCUACCUGACCACCAUGAGGAACUCCACGCGGAGCAGAUGCGGUGCAAGGAACUGGAAAAUGCAGUUGGGAGGUGGACAGAUGACCUGGCAGAGCUAGUGCUGCUGCGGGAGGCCCUGGCUGUCCAUCUCAGUGCCGAGGACAUCUCCAUCCUGAGGGAACGUGUGGAGCUUCUGCAAAGACAGUGGGAAGAGCUUUGUCACCAGGUCUCCCUAAGACGACAGCAAGUGAGCGAGCGCCUGAACGAGUGGGCUGUCUUCAGUGAAAAGAACAAGGAGCUAUGCGAGUGGCUGACCCAGAUGGAGAGCAAAGUCUCUCAGAAUGGGGACAUCCUCAUCGAAGAGAUGAUAGAAAAACUCAAGAAGGAUUAUCAAGAGGAAAUUGCUGUGGCCCAAGAGAACAAAAUCCAACUCCAGCAAAUGGGAGAACGGCUCGCUAAAGCCAGCCACGAGAGCAAAGCCUCUGAGAUUCAGUACAAACUCAGCAAAGUGAAUGACAGGUGGCAGCAUCUUCUGGAUCUCAUGGCGGCUAGGGUGAAGAAGCUCAAGGAGACCCCUGGUGGCUGCAGCAUGGAUAAGAACAUGGGCAGUCUGGAGGAUUUGGCUGGCCUAAUAUGGAGUCAGAGCUGGCCAAAGCCCAUAGUCUCGCAUUCUUGUAACUCUGAAGAAAUACAGAAGAAACUGAGUGAGCAGCAGGGGCUGCAGAGAGACAUUGAGAACACAGCACAGGCGCCGCCUGUCCUCAACUCGUGUGGAGGUCCUGCUGCAUGAUCAGACGCCUGCGCCACCGACAUGAGGACUCCCAAUCCAGCAGCCACACGAAACCUGGACCGGCGGUGGAGGAACAUCUGCAUGUCCAUGGAGAGGAGACUCAAAAUUGAAGAGACAUGGCGACUGUAAAGAAGUUUCUGGACUGAUGACUAUUCUCGCCUUUGAAGACUGGCUGGAGAUUCUUCAGAAAGGAUUAUUGCAUUCCCAGUUCUUCUGGGGGUGCUAUACAGCUGCAAGGAGGAGCUGAAGAAGUUUGAGGUGAUUAUGCUGCCAAAUGUCCACGAGAGCCUGACCCAGCUAGAGCUCAUCAACAAACAGGCACGGUGCCUGGGGCCAGGAGAGAACUGCACAGACUCCGCCUGCAGCCUCAGGCAGAUGGGCCCAUGGGGGGGCAACCAGAGAUGGACGUCCUUACAAAGGGUCACCUCCCAUCUUGGCAGGCUCAAGGUUCUGAUUAAUCCUUGCCAGCGUGAGGAGUUUGAGACAGCACGGACAGCAUUUCUGGUUCGGCUCACGGAGAUGGAUUUGCAGCUCACCAAUAUCGUAACAUUUUCUGAAUGCCAUGUUCAAGCUAAAAUAAAGCAACUCAAGGUUUUCCAACAGGAGAUCUCUACUGAACCAUGCAGAUCGGAGCAGAUCAUUGCAGGAGAGCAGCUGAUAGAGAAGAGCUUGCGCCAAUUGGAUGCCGUUGUCAUCGAGGAGGAGCUGGAUGAACUCCGGCGCCAUCGCCAGGAGGUUCGGACGGUGGAAAGAUACCACAAGAAACUGAUCCGCUUGCCUCUACCAGAUGACCAUGACCGUGGACCGAGAGAGCCAGAUCUCAAGACUCCUGGCCUUUCAGACCUACACUGGCAGGACCUCUGAAGAUGGCAUGCCCUCCCACAGCCUUCUUCCAAUCCCCCUCCCUCUCCCCUUCCUCAGCCCCUCCGGAGUGAGCGGUCAGGGAGAGAACCAGCCAGCGUGGGACUCCAUCCUCUGGAAUGGGACCACGAUGAGACCUGA